UGACCCUGAGAUGAAGAGUUGCAUGCUCUACUGACUGAGCCAGCCAGAUGCCCCAUCACCAAGUCUCCUCAGAGGUCCUCAUGAACGGUUGAAACCAUCCCUACCUACAUCCCUGGGGUCUCGCGAGGAGCCAGAGGCUCAGGAGGCAAUGCGGAAUCCCCAGCGCACUCCUUCAGCCUGUGACUGAGCGGCGCUUGCAGGUGACGGGCGGGCGGGAGCCAACCGAGAAAGGCCCGGGGAGCUUUUUCAGGUAAGCUCUCUUGAUUGACAAGCCCUGGGGGGAGGGCUCCCAGUGACGGCUGCCCCGCCCCCUCACGUCGGGUCGGUUGGCGCCAGUCUAGGGCAGGUGGGCGGGCCCUGGGGUCUGCUGCGCCCAUUGGGCGUGGGGGGAAGCUCCCGGGAGGGCCUAGGGCUCCGCCCCUGGCCUUGCGGCGGCCAAUGGACGCGGCGCGUGGGCGGGGCGUCGGCGGCGUCGGCGGCGGCCCUGAGGCUGAGGCGGCUGAGGUGGCUGAGGUGGCCGCUGGGGCUGAGGCGGCGGGCGCGGCCAGGAUGGCGAAGAGCCGCGGAGAGAACGGGCCGCGCGCGCCCGCGACCGAAGGAAGUCUGUCCGGGACCCGGGAGAGCCUGGCCCCGGGCCCCGACGCCGCAGCCGCGGACGAGCUCAGCUCUCUCGGCUCCGACUCGGAGGCCAACGGCUUCGCCGAACGCCGCAUCGACAAGUUCGGCUUCAUCGUGGGCUCGCAAGGCGCGGAGGGCGCGCUAGAGGAAGUCCCCCUGGAGGUGCUGAGGCAGAGGGAGUCCAAGUGGCUGGACAUGCUCAACAACUGGGACAAAUGGAUGGCCAAGAAGCACAAAAAGAUCCGUCUGCGGUGCCAGAAGGGCAUCCCACCUUCUCUGCGGGGCCGUGCUUGGCAGUACUUGUCAGGAGGCAAGGUGAAGCUACAGCAGAACCCUGGAAAGUUUGACGAGCUGGACAUGUCCCCUGGGGACCCCAAGUGGCUAGAUGUGAUUGAGCGUGACCUGCACCGGCAGUUCCCUUUCCAUGAGAUGUUUGUGUCCCGGGGAGGCCAUGGCCAGCAGGACCUAUUCCGUGUGCUGAAGGCCUACACCCUAUACCGACCUGAGGAGGGAUACUGCCAGGCCCAGGCGCCCAUUGCUGCUGUUCUGCUCAUGCACAUGCCUGCUGAGCAAGCCUUCUGGUGCCUGGUGCAGAUCUGUGAGAAGUACCUGCCUGGCUACUACAGUGAGAAACUGGAGGCGAUCCAACUGGAUGGGGAGAUCCUCUUCUCACUGCUGCAGAAGGUGUCACCCGUGGCCCACAAGCACCUCAGCAGGCAGAAGAUCGACCCACUGCUGUACAUGACAGAGUGGUUCAUGUGUGCCUUUGCCCGCACCCUGCCCUGGAGCUCUGUGUUGCGCGUCUGGGAUAUGUUCUUUUGCGAAGGAGUCAAGAUCAUCUUCCGUGUGGGACUGGUGCUGCUGAAACAUGCAUUGGGCUCCCCUGAUAAGCUCAAAGCCUGCCAGGGCCAGUAUGAGACUAUCGAGCAGCUGCGGAGCCUUAGCCCCAAAAUCAUGCAGGAGGCCUUCCUGGUCCAGGAGGUGGUAGAGUUGCCAGUGACAGAGCGCCAGAUUGAACGUGAGCACCUCAUUCAGCUGCGGCGCUGGCAAGAGACCCGGGGUGAGCUGCAGUGCUGCUCCCCGCCCAGGCUGCAUGGUGCCAAGGCCAUCCUGGAGGCGGAGCCAGGCCCCCGGCCCACACUGCAACCCUCACCAUCCAUCCGCCUGCCCCCGGAUGCCCCCCUCCCGGGCUCCAAAGGCAAGCCCAAGCCACCCAAACAGAGCCAGAAGGAGGAGCAGUGGAAGCAGGCAAAGGCAAGUGGGCAGCUGGACAAGCCCCCAGUCCCAAGUCAAGCCAAGGUGGCAGCUGCUGCAGGAGAUGCAUGUCCCCCACAGGAUGUACCCCCAAAGGAUCCAGCCCACCAGGACUCAGCCCCGCAGGACUCAGCUCCCCAGGAUUCAGCCCACCACCACUCCAAGGAUUCAGCCCACCACCAUUCCCAGGAGAGCCUGACGUCCCAGGAGAGUGAGGACACCUACUUGUAACCCUGGCAGCUCAGGCCUGUGGCGUGGGGUCUCCACAUACCUACACGGUUCAUGAACUGACAUUUGAGGGCCAGCCCACGCACUGAGGGCCCAGCUGCCUGGCCACUGGGUGGCAGAGAGUCUGGCUGGCCCAGCACAGAUUCUGCCUGAGCCUCCUUAUUUAUUUUCUCCAGAGUGGAGCUUGGGCCAGCCCAGCUGGGACAGGCAGAAGUGAGGACCCAUGGGUGGUGCCUCACUCAGCCCCCUCCUCCUGGGGGGAUGCUCCCCAGGGCUAGGGUGCUGUUGUGAGGAGAGAGGGUGGGGUAAAGGGUGGGGUGCUCUUUGUG